AUGGCUCAUAGAUUAUUAGUUAACGUGAUAUUUACCGGUGCUGCCGUGUUUGGCCGUGCGUUCACCGAAGCUUACAAGCAGGCUGCCAAAGCUUCUGCCGCUGGCGGUGCUGCUAGAGCCAGUGGCGCUGCCAAGGUCAACUCAGUUGGUGGUGUGCCUGUUGAAGAGGCAUUGAAGAUCUUGGACUUGGAAAAGAAAGACUUGACCAUGGAGAAGAUCGACGAGAAAUACACCUACUUGUUUGACGUUAAUUCCAAAGAAAAGGGUAACUCGUUCUACUUGCAGAGCAAAGUCUAUUAUGCGAUGGACACCUUAAAGAAGGAGCUAGAGUAUCUACAGAAACGGAAGCAGGAGAAGGCGAGCGAAUGA